CAUCCUCGCUGUCCUCCUGCGUGGAUUCCGCCUGAAGAUUCGCCCUCAUUUCCCCUCCUUUUUCCCGCCAGACGAGACGAGGAACGACAUAUUUCUCGUCCGUGGACUGCGCGAGUGCACCGGAUGUGCGUGUGCGAGGACCUGGACGUGGGCUUCAAGUGAGAUGUGAGUCCCUGGCUCGGCUUUCACUUUGACCCAGCAAAGUGCGCUGCCACAGGCCGGCGUGCUGACAGGAAACAGGAAGUACCUCCCCCACUACUUCCGGGUCACCUGAGCGUCAUGUGGACCAGAUGCCUCCUCUUCCUCGCCACCUUCUUCACUCCCAUCUCCAUCGCCUCCAGCCGUGCACCCAUCCCCAUGGCGGUGGUGCGUAGGGAGCUGUCGUGCGAGUCUUACCCCAUCGAGCUGCGCUGCCCGGGCACUGAUGUCAUCAUGAUUGAGAGCGCCAACUACGGGCGCACGGACGACAAGAUCUGUGACUCUGACCCCGCCCAGAUGGAGAACACUCGCUGCUACCUGCCUGACGCCUACAAGAUCAUGUCGCUCAGAUGCAACAACCGGACUCAGUGUGCCGUGGUCGCUGGCCCGGAUGUUUUCCCGGAUCCUUGCCCCGGAACCUACAAGUACCUGGAGGUCCAGUAUGAAUGUGUUCCUUACAAGGUGGAACAAAAAGUCUUCCUGUGUCCCGGGAUUCUACGAGGAGUCUACCAAAGUGAGCACCUCUUCGAGUCCGACCACCAGUCUGGAGCCUGGUGCAAAGACCCGCUGCAGGCCUCGGACAAGAUUUACUACAUGCCCUGGACCCCGUACCGGACAGACACCCUGACUGAGUACUCGUCUAAGGAGGACUUUAUCGCCGGUCGUCCGACCACCACGUACAAACUGCCGCACCGGGUGGACGGCACCGGUUUUGUGGUCUACGACGGCGCGCUGUUCUUCAACAAAGAGCGCACUCGCAACAUUGUCAAAUUUGACCUGCGCACCCGCAUCAAGAGCGGCGAGGCCAUCAUCGCCAGCGCCAACUAUCACGACACCUCGCCUUACCGCUGGGGGGGGAAGUCGGACAUCGAUUUGGCGGUGGACGAGAACGGACUCUGGGUGAUCUACGCCACGGAGCAGAACAACGGGCGCGUGGUGGUGAGCCAGCUCAACCCGUACACCUUGCGCAUCGAAGGCUCCUGGGACACGACCUACGACAAACGCUCCGCCUCCAACGCCUUCAUGAUCUGCGGGGUCCUGUACGUGGUCAAAACCGUCUACGAAGACGAUGACAACGAAGGGACGGGGAACAAGAUCGACUACAUGUACAACACGGAUAAGAGCAAGGAAAUGAACGUCAACAUCCCCUUCCCUAACUCCUACCAGUACAUCGCUGCAGUGGAUUACAACCCCAGAGACAACCUCCUCUACGUGUGGAAUAAUUACCACGUGGUCAAGUAUUCCCUCGACUUUGGCAAUAAUGACUUCCGCCCACCUAUGGUCCCCCCCAACAGGGGCUCAGGGAGCGCCGUUGGCGGUGGCUCCACCUCUUCUUCCUCCUCCACCACAACUCGCCCUCCCCCCCACUUCACCACCCCCAGGCCUCUCCUCACCACUUCACCGGGUCAGCGUUACCGGACCACCACCACCACCACCGUUCGCCAAGCGGUCCUAAAUCCUGCCGGCGGUCCAGCACCCGACACCAAUCAGAUUCCAGACACCAGCCGCAAAGCCGGCGGACGUUCCCCGCCGGCGCAGGUGCCCCCGGCGGCCCCUCGGCCCCCAGCCAUGCCUCCCCAAGACUUCUGUAGUCCCAGAGUGACGGCUGAUAUUUCCUGGCCCCGGACGCAGCAAGGCCAGCUGGCCAAGCAGCCGUGUCCUGUUGGGACCUUGGGCGUGGCCACCUACCUGUGCACGCCACACCUGGGCUCCUGGCAUCCUCAGGGCCCCGACCUCAGCAACUGCACGUCGCCUUGGGUCAACCACAUCAUGCAGAAGCUGCGCUCGGGGGAGACGGCGGCCAUCGUGGCGAGGGAGCUGGCGGAGCAGACCAAAGGGCUCCUGCGGCCUGGCGACGUGCCCUCCACGGUGCGGGCCAUGGCCCAGCUGGUAGAGCUGCUGGACGUGCAGCUCAGGAACCUCACACCGGGGGGCAAGGACAGCGCCGCCCGCAGUCUCACCAAGCUUCAGAAGAGAGAGAGGUCCUGCAGGUUCUUCACACAGGCCAUGGUGGAGACGGUGAACAAUCUUCUGCAGCCACGAGCCCAGAGUGCGUGGAGAGAGUUGUCCAUCAAGGAGCAGCUGCACUGGGCCACCCUGCUGCUGGACACUGUGGAGACUGGAGCCUUCAUGCUGGCAGACAACCUGCUGAAGACCGACACUGUGCAGGAGACUGCAGACAACAUCCAGCUGGAAGUGGCCAGGCUGAGUACGGACGGCAGCCUGAGCGACUUGACCUUCCCUCAGUCCGAGCGCCACGGAAACUCCAUCCAGCUGUCAGCCAGCACCCUCAAACAACACGGCAGAAACGGUGAGAUCAGGAUGGCCUUCGUCCUCUACAGGAACUUGGGUUCCUACCUGUCCACGGAGAACGCCAGCGUCCGACUGAGCAGCGACGCUGUCUACCCCAACUACUCGGUCAUCGUCAACUCGCCCGUCAUCACGGCCUCCAUCAACAAGGAGAGCAACAAGGUGUACCUGUCGGAGCCUGUCAUCUUCACCGUUAAACACCUGCAGCAUUCGGAGGAGAACUUCAACCCCAACUGUUCCUUCUGGAGCUACUCCAAGCGCACCAUGACGGGCUUGUGGUCCACGCAGGACUGCCGCCUGCUGGCCACCAACCGCAGCCACACCAGCUGCUCCUGCACACACCUCACCAGCUUCGCCGUGCUCAUGGCCCACGUGGAGGUGAAGAAAGCAGACAGCAUCCACGACCUGCUCCUGGACGUGAUCACCUGGGUGGGCAUCCUGCUGUCCCUGGUCUGCCUGCUCAUCUGCAUCUUCACCUUCUGCUUCUUCCGCGGGCUGCAGAGCGACCGCAACACCAUCCACAAGAACUUGUGCAUCAGCCUCUUCAUCGCAGAGUCGCUCUUCCUGGUGGGCAUCAACCGAGCGGACCAGCCGAUCGCCUGUGCCGUCUUUGCUGCCCUGCUGCACUUCUUCUUCCUGGCGGCCUUCACCUGGAUGUUCCUGGAAGGUGUGCAGCUCUACAUCAUGCUGGUGGAGGUCUUUGAGAGCCAACACUCCAGGACCAAAUACUUCUACCUGGCCGGCUAUGGUGUGCCCGCCCUCAUCGUGGCCGUGUCUGCCGCCGUGGACUACAGGAGCUACGGCACCGACCGAGUGUGUUGGCUGAGACUGGAUACUUACUUUAUCUGGAGCUUUAUAGGUCCUGCUACACUCAUCAUCAUGCUCAAUGUGAUCUUCCUUGGCAUUGCGCUGUAUAAGAUGUUCCACCACACCGCCAUCCUCAAACCGGACUCUGGAUGUCUGGACAACAUCAAGUCUUGGGUGAUCGGGGCCAUAGCCCUGCUGUGUCUGCUGGGUCUGACCUGGGCCUUUGGACUGAUGUACAUCAACGAGAGCACGGUGAUCAUGGCCUACCUCUUCACCAUCUUCAACUCCCUGCAGGGCAUGUUCAUCUUCAUCUUCCACUGCAUCCUGCAGAAGAAGGUGCGCAAGGAGUACGGCAAGUGUCUGCGGACUCACUGCUGCAGCGGCAAGAGCGUGGAGACCUCCAUCUCCUCCUCCAAGACCACCACCUCCCGCACACCUGGCCGCUACUCCACAGGCUCACAGGUGAGCUUACCUGCCUGCACACCUGGACGCUACAGCACAGCAGACUCUCAGAGUCGCAUCAGGCGCAUGUGGAACGACACGGUGAGGAAGCAAGAGUCGUCCUUCAUCACCGGAGACAUCAACAGCUCCGCCACCCUCAACCGAGGGACGGUGGCUAACCAUCUUCUAACUAAUGCUCUCCUUCGUCCCCACGCUACUCACCACCCCUACAACACCCUGCUUGGUGACUCUGCAGUCUACAACAACCCUGCAGCCGCCGCCAUGUACAACACCCAAGCGUCUUACAGAGACACAAAGGGCAUACUGAACAACGCAAGAGACUCCAGCGGUAUGGACACGCUGCCGCUGAAUGGUAACCACGGCAACAACUACAGCAUGGCCAGCGGAGAAUACCUGAGUGACUGUGUACAAAUUGUAGAGAGAAGUGGCUACAGCAGCCAUAGCAAACACAAAGAGAGCACUUUGGAGAAGAAGAUCUUGAAGGAGCUGACCUCUAAUUAUAUCCCGUCUUACCUCAACAACCACCAGAGGAGCAGCGAGCGCACGCACAACCUGGUCAACAAGAUGGUCAACAGCAGCCUGGCCAACGGAGGGAGCCUGGCAGGAGGCAGCAGCAGCUCCAGCAGCAGCGGGGUCGGAGGUUGUGUGGGCAACGGGAGUGAGGACGUCGGCCCUAUGGUGCUGGACAACCCUGCUGCCUUCCCCCACGAGGAGAACCUCGGUCUGGAGAUCAUUCGAGAGGAAUCCAACGCGCCCCUCCUCCCGCCGCGGCCCCCUCCCCCGGAUAGCCAGCCGCCGCCUCCCCCGCACAGCUACUCCAGGCCCCGCCGCAUCCCGCAGGAAACCAGCGAGAGCUUCUUCCCUCUGCUGACCAACGAGCACACUGACGAGCAGACGCACUCGCCCAGCCACAGAGACUCGCUGUACACCAGCAUGCCGGUCCUCACCGACCUCCCGGACGCCCAGAUGAACGGUCUGACGGAUGGCGAGGAGGACAGCUCCGGAGAACUGCAGCCCUGUAAGAGCGCCACCGCUCCGGAGUUGGACGACGUCUACUACAAGAGCAUGCCCAACCUGGGCUCCAGGAACCACCUUCACGACCUGCAGAGCUACUACCACAUGGGCCGCGGAGGCAGCGACGGCUACAUGGUGUCCGGCAGCAAGGAGGAGUCCGAUUCUUCGCCUGAGGAGUCCCCUGUAGACCCUUCCCACCUUGUCACCAGUCUAUAGAGUCCACCAAGAGACUCCUAUCCCUCCCUGAGCUCACAACCUUCCACUGUUGUUGACUGACAGGCCCAGCGGAUCCGCCCCUGGACUCCAACGUGGUUCAGAACAAUAUGGGGGCUGAAUGUAUUGUCACCAGAGGGCGGCGCCGUAGGCACUUUGUGAAUAGCAAACCUUGAGUAAAACCUUGGACCUAGAAGGGAGGGAUCUGUAAUUUUGGACCUGAAAGUUCGAACCCCCACACCCCUGAUUACUAAGGUCUGUGUUUCUGUUUGUCAGUCUGGCUCAAAAAGACGUGUUCCAAGGCCAACAUAGUCUGGCCUCAGGCCAAAGGCCACGCCCCUUGGUCGAGGGGAAGAUGUACGAUAAAAAGCCCUCAGAAAGCAAACUGCAACCUUUUCUGACCUUCUUCAACUCUGCUCUGCGGGAGUGGAGUCCAGGCCCGUGUGGUCCAUCCUUGCAACUGCGCUCAGAACAAAGACGGGAGCUCCUGUGGACCAGGGAGCACCGGCCAGUUUCUUCUCAUUCUUCUGUAAAAGUUCAGUUACCCAAGUAAAAAAAAAAAGGAACUCAUUUCUAUGUAUUGUAUAGAAUACAGUCCCCAUGUUGCACACGGUCUCAGUCGUCUGUGGAACUGUUGCCAAGUGUCCGGUCCCGUGAAGGACCCGUCUUUCUGCGCACUCUGACUAAUAUGCAUUUACUCCUCGCACACUUCACUUCCUGCAGAUUGUCACUUAUAUAUUUUACACCGCUAGAUGAACGGGGGAAGGAAGGUGGUUGCCAUGGAAACACUUGUUCUGGAAGUUUUGGGUUUUAGGCACAAGGGGAAGUCAUAUUGUUUAUAUACUGUUUUACAUCUCAUUGUGCUAAAGAAGAAGAGCACUGGGAAGACAUAGAAAUGAGGAUUAUUUUUGUCAGGUUUGAGGAGUUCCCAGCAGUCGCUUCCAAGGAGAGAGAAAUGAUUUAUGAAAGAAAGCAACAAAUAAAGAGAGCUGACUUUUAUGCGGGGGGUAAAUCAAGUGCACAGGGAGCGCUUUCUUUUUAAAUUAUUAUGUUGAUUCUUACGAUAUUGAUGAUUAUUUAUUCUUUUUUGUAUGGGUUAUCAAGUCGAAUGAUCUCAUAACUAAUAUUUGUUGUAACAGUGAAAGUUGUUUGCCAACAAAUAAAUGACUGACAUAG